CCGAAGAUAUUUUACCCUUGGGCUCGUUAUUACCUCCCUCUGCUCGGUAGGGAGCAAGGGACUCCUCCCGUCACGACUGCAUUGAGUUCAACGCGUUAGUCUUUCUUUUUGGCAUGAUGGAGCUUGUACAACGUGAGGGGUGCGGUAAUUCUAACGGCGAGAACAAGAAUUCAGACCUUUUAGGGCAAUUUGAGAGCCGUGAAAUCACAAAUCGGGUGGAGUUCUUAGUUCUUACAUCUGCUGGUGAUUCCCUUUCUUCUUCUAGGGCUUCCUCAGCCAUAAUGGCUUCGACCCCAGGAGCAGCGGCGAGCUUGAUACCUUCAUCGGAUUCUACCCCAUGUCUUCGAUUGCCCACGAGGAAUGCUGAUGAGUUGCACCAUCUGGGAUUGGGAUUCUUGUCGAACAUCAAGGAGGAAGCUGGAGAAGUACAUAAUGCAGAUAGCAUGGGAGAUUGUGGAGAUUUCCGAGGGGAAGUCUUAAAGCUCAAUCCGUCAGGCCUGGCCCAUGUUCUCCCUGAUUCGCUGCUUUCUUAUUCUGGCGGCAAUUCUUUUAUGCAAAACAAACUUGAGGUUUACGGAGAACGCAUUAUUGAUACCUAGGACCUCAAGGUGCCAUUCACUAUUGGGUUAGUCCCUUCGUUAGACAGAUUUCAUUGCUUCUUCUUUGCAUUUGGAAAAAGUGUUGAGAAUUUCCUUAACUAAUUAUCUUAUGCUUUUAGCGAUAGUCUUUAUUGAAUUCACUUCGUGUGUGAGCAGAGUAGCUGCUCUUCAGAUACGAUGGCCCCAGCAGGGUUCACAUUAUUUCACUUGCCGUGAUUGAUUUAUAUGGCUCCUACGUUGAAAUUAUGUUGAAAAAUCUUACGGAUAAGGUGCCA